AUGUCUGUGUGGCAAGACUGGGUGAUUGGGCUGGCAUCGUUGUUUCCGCAGAACCGGCAAAACAGCUACGCAACGGCGACUGUGAUGGAGAUAUUGCGCUGUCUCCUCUUUUACGCUCUUCGCUUUGAAUUUGGGGGAUGGCGAGUGUGGAUUGACACCCUGGCCAUUCUUCACUCCCGCAUAGCCUUCGAAGAAUUUCGUCGCGCCAACCAGCAGGUAAUUUCCCCCUUAUAA